AUGUCUCAUGGUUUAGGAUCUCAGUCUGCAUUGAAACACACAAGUACACAGAAAGACUCAAAUUUCACAGGUAAUUCGGAGUCUAGGCGCGCUCGCGUGUCCGGGCCAGGUUCAAUCAGCUCUACAACCUCACGAAGCGCCGGAAAUCUUGUAGAACUAGAAUUAUCCGGCCCAUCAAACUACACCGCGGUCGAUGACUAUGGGCCCAUAGAGGCUGAAGGACGUCCAGCUGCAAUUGACGGACAAACAGCGGGACUCAGUGCUGUAUCGUCUCACAGCAUUGCUCGCCAUCGCGUUCUUCGGUGCCUCAGUAGCGUGGUCCACCCUAUUCUCAGGAACACGGGGGAACCUUGA